UAACUGUCCCAACCUUUAUUGGGACUUAAUGUCUUUUUGUUUCAUAUUCUUUCAAUUUCUGAAUAUUCUAUUACUUCAAACAUUAGUUUACUUAAUGUUUAACAAAAACAAUUGCUAAUGUACUAAAAUGGUAAUUACAUGUGCUUUUUAUAUAAAUUCAAAUACAGCCCUUAUAAAACAAAUCUUUACUCUUAGUUAAUAUCUUUAGAAAUGAUUAUUGCCUUUGUCCCUUAAACAAAGAAUUUUGCUUUUCUUGAAUAUUGAAUGAAAACAAACUAUUUUCUCAUUGUUAUGUUCAAUACUGAUUUCCGGCUAGAUACAGUUGACAGUGUCUAGCUAUAGUCUUUAUCAGUAACUGUCAUGGGCUUGCUAUUUAUAGACUUCCUUGUAAAUGUACAUAAUGACUUUCACUAUCUUUAAAUAACCUUAACAUGUAUGUACACAGGUAGUAUUGAAAGUUUAAGAUGGCUGGAGUGUUGAUGUUAAAUAGCAGAACUUGGUGACAUGUUUUUACAUAUUUGAAUGAUUCUCAGGGAUUUAUUUAUUAAAAUCAGGGUCUGAUUUAGUGAAUUAAAAACUUAAACACUGUAUUAAGGUGGAAUAAGUUUAUACAAGCUACUUUGGAGUACUUGUGUUGCCUUUGAAACAAAAAUGAGAAUUCACUUGUUAAAAAGAAACAUUAAGCUGGUGAUAUUAAUUGCUGCAAUAUGUGUGACCAUGUGUUACUUGUUUGGGAUAUAUGGCCUGAAACCACAGAACAGUCAGUUAAGCGACUAUGAGGUUGUGCCAAUGUAUGGGGGACAUCGUGAAAAUAACGAGAAACCCAGUCCUUUUGACGAUUAUGAUGACCCAUUUUCAUCGUCCCUGGUCACCGAUUUGAAAGUUUACAACAAAGUAAAAGGGAAAAAGUGCCUCGAGCAGAGGGAUUUUGUCUUCAUUAAAACUAUGAAAUGUGCCACGCAAACCAUGGUUCAGAUAUUUCGUAGAUUUGGGUACAGACGUCACUUGAACUUUGUGCUCCCUAGAGGUGGUAAUAUCUACCUCGGAUGGCCGUAUAUACCGGAACUCCAGGAUUACAGACCUUCGAAAAGACCAUUUAAUGCAUUGGCUGAACAUAGCGUUUAUAAUGAGACCGUGAUGAAAAGCAUAAUGCCGAAAACGACUCAUUAUGUUACUAUUAUACGUGAACCAUUCAGUCAAUUCAAAUCAUCAUUUCAUUAUUUCAAUGUGGCGAAUAUAAGCAGAAUGAAAAAAACGAAAGAUGAUAUCUCAGAGUAUUUGCACCAUUUAGACACGUAUGAAACUUUCUAUAAAACACCCGCCGCUUCUGCGACGCGAUACUGCAUCCCUGAUGAGUUUUCUGUUACGAAGAACUUGCUUUCCCAUUGUUUGGGUAUGCCACUAGGUUUUCCAGCAGGAAGGGAAAAUAUAACGUCUCAAAGUGGUAAGAUAGCGGAGUAUAUUGAGAUGCUUGACCGAAACUUCAUGCUCGUCAUGAUAAUGGAAUAUUUUCACGAAUCCCUUGUGUUACUGAAACGGCUAAUGUGUUGGUCCAUGGAAGACAUAAUGUAUCAUACAGUAAAUGUAGGUCAGUAUUCAUAUAAAGACAAAACGCCUGAUCCAGAAAACCUGAAGAUAUACAAGCACUGGAGUGGAGUCGAUUUUCUUCUCUACAAUCAUUUUAAUCAAUCGUUCUGGAAGAAGGUGAAACACCAGGGUGAUGAUUUCUUCGAUGAAGUAAAGACUUUCAAUGACAUUCACACUAGAGUUUCAAAAUAUUGCUCAAAUCUAGAGGAGGGUGAAAAUUCUAUGAUGAUAAUGGCAACGGCUUUUAGCGACCAGUUUGUUGUGACUAAAGAAUAUUGUGUGAUGUUAGGUGUGGACCUUUUGACGUUUUUGAAAACCCGAAUGGAGCGAGAGGAGGGCUGGGUUAACCAGGACACUGGAAACAAAGGGCCAAAAAGGGGCUGCUGAACAUGUUAGAUUUGUUUGAAUGUAUGUCUGCUAAAUUAAAAUAUGUUUGUGAAAUGUGUAGACCUAUUCAAUAAUUUUAAAACUGAAUUAAACUAUCUAUGAAUUAGCAUGUAACAGGAGUAAGAAGAUUAGAGAUAAAAUUAUGAGCCCCUCCAUGGAAUAAAUGUUUUUUGCAUGAUUCAUCAAUUAUAAAAAUACCUAUAGGCUAUUUGCAUAAAAUAAAACACCAAAUGCUUUUUGUACAUUUCAUUUAUAUUAAUGUUGGGCACACAAAAUGAAAAAAAUAAUUGACAUUAUAAAUACUGUUAUAAUCUUGUUAUUCAUAUGCAUUAGAUACUUUUAUAUUAAGAAUAAACAUACUUGUACAAAGAUUGUCUCAAAUGUGGAUAGCUGACCAAAAUUUGCUAUCAUUUUGAUUUAUUGGAGUAUCCAUGAUUUUCCUUGAUUAUCACUCUUACUCAAUCGCUGUUGCCUAUUUCCAUCCAACAUAAAGCUUAAUGCUGGAUGAUGCUGUGAUGGCUGAUGAAUCUCUGAGUGGGAUCUUUAAUGUUGCUUUAUUUGCAUUCAACUAAAGUAAGCAUGCCUCACCCUACAAUGUUAAGUUUUCAAUAUCAGUGAUGAUUGGUUUAUGUACCUGUCAACAAAUCGACCAGAAGUGUAUAUGAACUGAAAUAAAUGCAGAUAAAAAAGUAGUAAUAUCGCAAUAGUGACGUUUCCACAUGUGUCAGUAAUAUUUAAAUUGACUUGAAAUAUAAGCAAAUUAUCACCUGUAGAAAUCAUAAGUUUAGGGGUUUGAAGAUUUUAUACAAAAGUGCAUGCGAUUUUUGUUAUUGAUUUUAAAAAGAGCUAGUGUUGAUGUUUGUUGUUUUGGUUGAAUUGUAAUUAAUUCUUUUAUAGGUAACUUUUUCACAGAUUUCGUCAUUAAAUGCUUUUAUUUUAAUGAAUCAUUUUGGAAACAUUGGAACUGAAUAGCUGUAGUAAAAUAAAUAGAAUAAAUUUAAAGAAAGAAAAAAAGUUCAAAAACUGAGCUCGAACCACUUUGUGACCCUCGAAGUAAAAGUCUAGCCCUUAAACCACUUGGCCAUCCGUGCUGAUCAUAAAGAGUGUGUUGUAUUUUAUACAUAAUAUAAGCAAUCCUCGUAAAUGUCACAAAAUAUAUCUAUAAAAACAGAACUCUCCAAGUUAUUAAAUCGUUUCAUGUUUGUAACGCUUCAUAAUGUUGAGGUAUUUAAAUCUUCAAAAGAUGCAUAUAAUGGAUAUCUUCAAUCAUGGUAAAUUUUCAGUAUUUAAUAAUACUGUUGGCUAGCAAAUAUCAUAACAACAAUGAAAGUUUGCAAAUCUGAAAAAAAAAUUUCAAUCACAGAAACUGAAAAGGUCCCUUUAAAGUUUCUAGGAAGAAGUUUAUUUUUUAUGCCCCCGGAUUUAAUGAUCGGGGGUAUAUUGCUUUUGGCCUGUCUGUCAUUCAUUGUGUGUGUCUGUCUGUCUGUCCCAAAACUUUAACCUUGGUGGAAAGUUUUGCAAUAUCUUUUGCACUUUUGAAGAUAGCAACUUGAUAGUUGGCAUGCAUGUGUAUCUUAUAUAGCUGCACAUUUUGAGUGGUGAAAGGUUAAGGUCAUGCUUCAAGGUCAGAGGAAAAAAAAUCCAAGGGAAGUAAUAAGCUUUAAAGGGAGAUAAUUAUCUGUACCUGCCAAAUGAUAAAACAAUAAAAUAAAUCAAAGCAUCAAAGUAGGGGGCAUUGUGUUUCUGACAAACACAUCUCUUGUUUUUUAUGGAAAACGAUCGGAAUCUAACUUUUUUGUAAGAAUGUCAUUACUGUCUUUAUUUUUGUCAUGUAAGCUAGUUUGUUUGUUAUAUUCUUGCCAUUUCUUGUCAACAAUGUUUGGAAAUAGUGAAUAGUUAUAAUUUAAUUUAGAUGAUUUAUUUAUUUAAAAAAAUAAAAGAUAAAAAUAUGAA